AUGAAUAUAUUAAUCAUCUUUCUAACAAUUACAAUAUUGUUGAUCAGCAAAACUUAUUCUGCGCCUAUUGAUGCAACUGAAUCUUUUGAUUAUCCAAUCGAAGAAAUCACUACAGAACCAACAACAACGGCCAGCACCACCAGCACCACCACCACCACCACAACAACAACAACAACGACAACAACAACAACAACAACAACCACAACAACUUUAGCUCCGGAAGUCGAUCGCGAAUGGGAAGAUCUUAUCUUAGGUGGACCUACAGUAGUCAAUUAUCUUGGCUUAUUUAUGGUACAUGCAUCAGGUGCAGAUCAAGUUUUAACACCAUCCGAUACCUACACAAUUAAAUAUAUUCAUAAUGUUCAAUCACUACGUGCGACACUUUCUCAAGUUUUAUCAGCUAUGCAAAUUGCGUUUCAAGGAGCACGUGAUGAUCUUAUUCGUACUCGAAAUAGUAUGAAUCAAAUUCCAGAACAUAUCAAAGCAGGCCUUCUUUUGAUUCAAACAGCACCAAAGGACCUUCUUAGUAAGUUACUGCCAUAUACAUUACGUAAUGUCGAGCGGGCUGCUAAUGAAGGAUCGGAAAUUAGUAAACCAACACUCGAGCGCUUUGUUUCAGCAGGAUUGCUAGUGGAAGAACUUGCCACAUUGAUUGCUUCUACAGUAUCAUCAUCACCGGAAAAUUCUGAUUAUUUAAUGGAAGCAAAUGCUUAUGCCAAUGAUAUAAAAAUACAAUGGGAUCUUUUGGUAAAACUUUUCAGAAAAUUUUCAGAACGUGCUGAUAUGACUCAAACAACUAUUAGUAAUAGUUUUAUAGAACCUAUUGAUCAAGUACCAAAAAAUAAUGGCUUCACUUCUCAAAGCGAUCGCCGUACUCUCCUUGAAAAACUUAUUCCAGCUGCAAUUGCUAUUGAUCAAUCAUCUUAUUUUUUAGAUAUGAUGGUACACGCAUACACUGAUGUAUCAAAUGAUUACAUUAUCAAUCGCAUUGCUGCAACUAAAGAUUAUCUUGUCAUUCCAUCAGAUCCACUACGAAAAAUGAGUCAACGACAAUUGUGGCAAAAUAUAGUAUCACAAUCGGUGACAAUUGCUCGACUUGCCCAAGAUCGUCAAAAUCAAUUUGCUGAAACAACUCUAAAUCGACAUACUGAAUAUACUGCUUAUUCAGAAGGUGUUCUUGCUGAUUAA